UUCGAGCAACACGUAAUAUUUUAAAACAGUAGCAAUAAACCCAUCAUGGCACCACAAAACGUUGCUAAGCACAUCAACCGAUCUUACAAUGGUAGGAGAGCARCGARGAAAAUACAUCCAAUCAGUACAUCUUGGAACAUGAACCAAUCUCGCGGCAAUGGUAUAAACCUGUUCCUAAAAGAAAAGUCACAAGCUGGAGUAAGAARCCAACCCGAAGUUAAGACUGAAAUUGAAAACGGUAAACUACUGGAUACAUCGUCACGCAAAUUUCGUGAAAGAUUGCCAGUGCCAAGCAGCUCAAUUCAACUUACCCCAGACUCCAUCGAAAGCCCAUCAUCAACAUAUAGUAACAGCCCGCCAGAACUAGUCAAAAAUAACCACGUAAAAGGUUACAGCACAUCAAAGCGGUCAACUGUGAACGACGAUGAGCCACAACCGACGAAGAAAAUGCGAAUGGAGCAUUCCACCGUUGAUAAAUGCACGGACUCACUACGWUCGACCUCCCCAUCGCCUAUAACUAAYAUAGAUGUCAUACAGCCCCCKGUCUAUGACUUUAGCGAUUAUACGGAAAUCACCAACAACGAACAACGGCARMAAUAUAAAGCKGCAUUUCAUCGAUACUAUAAAGAAUAUAUGCCACUCUACCAGCAGACCACAGAGCUAAGGARUAGUUUCCGCGAACUCGGUGGACUGAUUAUUGAUAUGCCCAAAAACUGUCCGGAAUACGAGAUCAUCAAUCAGCGUAUAUUGGYCAAAUUUCAAAUCCUCAACAGCAKGGAGCAGCUACAACGUCAGAUGCGUUGUGACUAUCUACACGAUAAAUUGGAGCACAUCAAGGAACUUGUAACGUCGUACGAUAGGAAACGUACGAAGGAAAUGGCAAUGGCUUUCGCAAAAGCAAUGGCUAAGGAAUAUGAGUUGAGACAACAGCUUCUCAAAACCAAAACAGAUGUUGCGGAGACAGUAGUGAUAACAGAACCUUAUGGAAGUUCAAGCGCAAAUGAGGAUGAAGCAGCUACAAAGCCAGAUGAAGAGAUUCCGCCCACAACACAGGAAUACAUAGGCAAUAUUUUGGUCAACGAUCUGGCGCUGUCGGACAGCGACAGUGAUGAUGACUGAGUUAAUAGUUAGGUUUUGAGUAUUUAAGUUUAAUUAUAAGUAAAUAAUAUGUAGUAAUAUGUCAAUGUUUAGUGUAAUAGUGUGAUAUUACGAUAUGAGAGUUAGUUUCUUUUAGUUAAAUAAACAAAAUCGUUAAAUUGUAA